UUAAAAUUUUUAAAAAAAUUUAUUCAAAACUUUGUAUUGUAAACGGUGCCAUAAAAUGAAUUUGGAAAGUUGUAUAACAAGGAUCUGAAAAACUUGAUUUUAUGCAGUUCUCAGUGUUUUCUUUUUGUUAUUUCAAAGCGCCGCUGCAUUUUGCUUCUGCCUAUUGCAGAUGUACAUAUGCUUAAUCUUACCACACCGGGCACACACCGCAGACAGAGACCAAUUGCGUUGCCACCCGGCCCAAUUUCGCGCAAACACACCACGGCACUGUACUUUUUUCUUUGGCUGAAAACUUAGCAAUAACAAAUAAUACAAAUCUGCACUGUUUAAAAGAUACAAUCUUAAUGCACUCCACAGAGGCUUGGGCGCAGGGGUCGUGAAUAAUGUUGGCACAGGAGAUUGCACCCACUGAAAUUGGAAAACACGCAAACAUUAUCAGAGCUGCCCAGGAGGAACUGGCAAAUAUGGACGUUCUUGUGUGCGGUCGUUGCCUGCGGGCUUACAACUUUGUAGAGGAAUUUCAGGCCCACAAAGAAGAUGCUUGCGAGAAGGAGAAUGCAAACAUGAAGGAGUCUCUCGACACCAAGCCCACCAUCUGGGCAUUUACCCUUUGGAAAGCCACACAGCUGAAUACGCGCAAAGACGCUAACUCGGGCAGCUCGUGGGCUCUGUAUCAGCAUUGGGUAAAGCUAGAGGACAGCGUACGGGAGCCGUGGAUCGUUGCCGGAAAGACUAUACAGUCAUUCGGAAAAAUUGCCCACGGACAACUUCAGGACAUGCCGGUGCGCAUCACGAAGACGGUGGUCAACCCAAACAACAACAACACAUCCAACAGCAAUAACAACACGAGCGCCUCCCCUAAUCGAAAAUCACCGGCCGGUAAACUGCCCACGUUGGCCAAUCAACUAAAGGACACGGAAAACGAAAGACCCAAGUCGAAACCGGGCACUCCAACUCUCCCCUCAGUGGCGUCCGUUGGAACAGUAAAGCCAAACAAUCGCAUAGCCAUUCGCAUCGAUUCAAAGACAGAGCAACGCACUGAGGAGCCAGUGGAGAAAAUAGUCGCCAAGCGGUUCAACCCGCGUCGCAAAACCCACGAGUAUUUGGUAAAGUGGGUGGAUCGAUCGCAUCAUGAAAACACCUGGGAGGUGAUGGCCAACCUUGAGCGAGUGCCGUACUUCCUACAGAUGUUCGAAAAGCAACUUGCUCGACAAAAACUCACUAGAGAAAAGGGUCUGGAUGUGCUGAAGCGUAUGCAGCCGGCUAAAACAGAUGUGGCUGCCCCACUCAGCCCGGUCCCAGUGCCGUCUCAAGUAUCGCCAUCCUCUCGCCCCUCGCGCACUUCUAAAACAAAGGCCAUGGACUCGUUCAAGCAGUGGGUCAAUGAAACUGGAGGCGGCGAUGGUUCCUCCUCUCCCUCAUCUGCCAACGAGGAUGAAUCCGCUACGGAACAAGAAUGGCCGGCGUCGACGGGACCGGUUAAGCGCAAGCUUAACCAUACCGACUCCAGCCUAGAGGGGAGCGGGCUAAAUGACUCAAUGGACCUAGAGGAUCUCGAAGAGGAUCUUCCGUCGCACACCGUGAAGCGUCUAAAAAACGGAGGGAGUUCUGUGCAGUUGAACAAGCCACGGGUUCAGUCCUCGGAAAAGCAACAAACUAAAAUUAAUGGCAAUUCGGCUGUGUCUGUAACGGAACAAAGGAUGGGUGAAAUUAUUUAUACGGAGGACAGCACAAGCUCUGGCAUGUUUCGCAAACCCGAUAUGCCCAACACCAUACACCUGAAAAAGGAGAAGCCAGAGUGUCCCGUGCGGUAUCUUUCGCGAUCCGAGGUGGUUAGCAAUUCAAGAGGUAUCUUCCGUGUUGAAAAUUCCGAAAUACCAGGCACUGUUUCGUCUGCAGUCACGUCACCCCAGAAGAUUAAUACCGCGCCCAUAGCUUCGGGCGUUGCCAAGCGCCUGCCGGUGUCCCGACCUGUACACUCUGGCACCAAUUCUCCAAUUACUGUGGGUCAGAGACAACAGGUGCUGCGUACUCCCGGCCAGGGUCUCUCAACAUCAGCAGUCCAUCGCCGUCCUGUGAUGGGCGGAACCCCGCAGGUGCGUCAGAGUCUGCAGCAAGCUUCUCAGCGGACUCACCCGGGGGGGCGUGUCCUUCCACGCGCAGGUGUCGGGGCGCCGCAACAACGCCAACAGAUACAGAGCUCUCAGGGCGCUAAAGCAGUAACGCCCGAGCAAAAGAUUUUGCAGCUUUCGAAGUCGGGUGACUUGAAAGUUACCCGUAAAAUGGUGACCCGGGAAGAGCUCUUAGCCCAGCGCUCCGCUCAGGCCCGACAGCGUCAGGUACUAGCUCAGCAACAGUCCUCCCAAAUGCAGAAAGUAACUGCUAACCGGCAAAGAAUAGCUCCCAAACCGGCGCUACAGCCAACGCCUUUGCAAAUGGAGAUAGAGGAGGAAGUAAAUCAACAUCAGGCUCAGCUGUGCCCAAUCACAGGCAAGCUUAUUGGCCAGGAGGAGACCCAGCUGCAAAUGGAACAGGAGCAGCAGCAAGAGCAACAGCGUGAACAGUUGGAGGCCGCCGCACAAGCUCUUUUGGGUAGCGACCAACAAGUUCUCACCAACGAAGACGGCUCGGCUUUGUUGGUUCGAGGUGAGGAUGGCACUGUCUAUCAAGUGGCGGGGAAAAACGCAGAGGGGCAAACCAUACUUGUCACCCAGGGGCCCGAUGGAGAACAGCAAUUUGCUUACGUGGCUGCCGCAGAGGGAGAAGACCAGGAGGUUCUCUCUCUUGAUCACGCAGUGGCUGAGGCCGUUCAGGCCGGUGAGCAGGUUGAAACGCAGGGUGUCACUGCGGCGACAGCGGACGGCGAGCAAAUUCUCGUGUCCAUGACAGAGGAGGAGCUAUCUCAGCAUCAGAUGCUUCAACAAGCGGAGACUUCUGCCCCAGGUACCGGAACUCCGGCCACGGCCCAGAUCCAUAUCACGACCUCAGACAGUGAUGGCACGGAAGCCCAGAUACCGGCCGAGGUGGUCCAAGCAGAUCUUCCAUCACCGGGAGGCACUCGUCGCGUCGUUUUAUUGCUGCAGGAUGGCACCUUCAUGAUGACUGAAAUGCACGAAGAACAGUUUAAGACGCUCAACAUCCCGACGUAAACAUUUGUUAAUUGAAUCCAUACGUAGACCUAGGCGUAGUUCAUAAGCCGGAUAAUAUUGAAAGAACCUGAUGUUGCUAGGUUACUCCCACCUUCAGGUCUGUUUGGUCCAAGCCAUACCCAUAAUGCAGAACGCAAGUGAGCAUGACAAAUGGCUUUGGGCCGCGUUUGCCAGAGGUUUUAAAAUCAGUAUUUGGUUAACCGGAGAACGGGAACUUUUGCUGACCUUCUGAAAAAACUUAGUGCGUUAAUACAGGGCAAACAGAGGACGACAGACGAUGAAAUAAAUUAUGCGAAUUAAUUACAACAUUUUAUCGUGGGGAAGCAGGUUUCUUCAACACGGGUCAACAAUGCAAUCUGUUUACUAAAAUGAUAUUGGCCCAAGCCAGGUGAUCAAUGCGGUAUUUUUGUACCAAACGUCGUGAAAGAUGUUCUUAUAAUGCGUUAUAGCAGGUUCGAUUGUUUCUUCUUCCCCAUGUAAUAAAUUGUUCAUACUUAAAAUGCAUUUAGCUGACCCUAAUACCCAAUUCAAUGAUUGCGAAAAACUUGACUUCCUCAUAAUUUACAACUCGUAGUAACUUUAAGACAGGCAAUUUAAGUUAAUAAGUAAUUUUCUCUAUUGUAUCCCGAAAUGCAGUUCUUGCAUUUUAGCAACAAACUAUAUAAGAAACCAGCCUUAGCUUUAGGGAAAAUAUUAAUAGAUAUGAAUUGUAAAUUAUUUAAGUACUUUUAAUCUAGAAAACUAAAAGAUCACCAUGUUUAUUCACUUAUAACUUAUACAUAAGCAGAUGAGUGUGAGCAUAAUGUUAUCAGUCGGAAUAUUUGCAAAGCGUAGAUUUUGGAAUUUCCUUGAUCAUUGACAUUAGUUAAGACCUUAAAUGUAUUUCUUCUGAAGCCGGCUUACAUCCGCAAAGCCGCUUAACUAAAAAGUUAAAGCGAAUAUUUAAAUUCACAAGCCCAAUAAACAGAGAAAUUAUAUCGA